GCGAUAAUCAUCACCGUCUUAGAAUCUUUCGUUGUUUAUUUUCACGUCAGUUUUGUUAAGCAAUAUCAACUAUCUCGACAAGGUGAUGGAAUAUCUGAAGCAGACUUAAUUUAUCAUGCAAUAUUCAUCCUCUCGUUAUUCUUCCAAAUAAUUUUAGCAGCUGAUGCUCUCAGGCAACGCAAUACUGUUCAGUUAAUAGCCUUAGUCAUAUUCAAUUUUCUUUCAUUAAUCUAUGCGGGAAUACAACUUUAUCAACACCAAAUUCUUGAGGAUGAAGGGACUCGAAAUGCAAUAUAUACGCCGGAUACUUCCCUUUUUCCUUUAGACGAUCGAGAUGCGCCAAAAAGAUAUUAUGAAGCUAGGAUGCGUCCAAUCGAACAUACUAUUAUUGGCCUAAUAUCA